CUGCGCUUGGUGUGCGUGAAGAAAGCAGAAUCCUCGAAAUGUGUGAAGAAGUCACCGCCUAUGGGUCUUAAUCUCUGCACAUCUUCUUUGUUAGGUCCAUCACACAAGGACCACAGACAAAGGCGCAUGAAGGCAACUGAAUCGACCGUGCGCCCACUGCUCAUUUGCGGUAGUCCCGAGUUUUCCCAGCAAACUUCUGUUUCCCUCACUUGUUCACCUACUUUCCGUCGAUUCGGGAUCUUCACAUUCUUCGUUCACCGUUGACCGAAGUGUAAGGACUAUUACAGACUUCGCUGUUAAUGAACUCGCCUGCUGCCCGCUGCCGCUCUGUACCUAAAUUUCGUGUGCGAGGAGGCCUGCGAGAAAAGGCACGGACGCCGUCGUCAGUGUCCUCACUCUUCCGGAGAGCAUUGCGUCCUUUCCGCGAAAUCGUGUAUGCUCCUUUUUGUUGGUUACUCAAAACACAUCUUCCUGCGUGCAUGCCCGCGGGACUGUAGAUGUGUGCAGCUUUCGACGACAACCGCGAGAACGCAGACGAGGAUGUGUGCUGAAAAACAGGAAAUAUCAACACAGACAAUGCCCGUGUGUCUGACUUUAUUUCUGUGUGACGAAACUCUGUAAGUAAAGGAAGGCGCGGUGGAACGCGUCCAGGGGCUUCUUCUCGGCUUGUCGUCCGGAGCUCGCCUUUCUCGGAUAAGCGUCGCAUGUAUGAACACAUUCCCUCAUGCUCCCUCUUGUUUUUCCUUCAAGUUUUUCAUAAAACUCUGAAGCUGUGCACUGACUCUGUGCUGUUUCGGUUCCUAGGUUGUUCUUUGUCGUUUCGGGAGGUUGUGCCUUCUGGAUACUCUUUGCCGACGAAAUAGGCGCCGAGAAAACUUUUGUCUCGUGUAGAGUCAAGCGCCCUACAACGAAAGAGUCAUGUUCGCUUUCGGUUUUUAAGAAUUCGCCUUCUUGUUUCCGGUUCCUUCGCCAUGAAUCCUUGCGUAGCUCCUUCGUCCCCUGCUCCUUCCUCUGCUACUUCCCCUACUUCCUGUUCUGCUUCGUGCGCUUGUGGCAGCUCUAGUCUUUGCUCUUCUCGCUGUUUUUCACGAUCUGUCUGUUUCUCUCCGCCUGCCGCUAUGUCGUGUGACGUUCAUUCUUUCUCCCGAGUGAGGCCAGGAUGCCUGUCUACGUUGCUUCUAGCCGCGUCGCGCGUCCGGAAUGAGACAGCGGCUUACAGUUGUAGCAGCAGUCGAAGACGGCGAGUUUCGCGACGGUCGAAGAGGCUGUGUGCACCCUCUGCACUUUUGCUCUUCUUCUUUCUUUCGCUGAGCUGCUUGGGAGGACAAGGCACAAGCGCGAGAGAAAAAGACGAGAGGUACUCAAACGUGAAGUCGUCGAGGGAGAGACAUGCAGAGUCGCGAAAACACACAACCAACGGUGUUUGUCUCCCCUCAAUGGGCUUUCUGCCUGACGUCCCUCGAGACCGCCGGGACGAGGUUUUCUUGGCUUGCCACGAGCACGAAAGCAACACGUGCUGCCAGCGCAGAGACACAGAGUCCAUCUUGCGACGCCUCGCGUUCUACUUCACCCCUGAAGCGGUCAAAUCCGACGUUUCCUUCCCUCCGAAGAACUGCGCGUCUUUCACUUCUGCUGCACUGUGUUCCAAGUGCGACGCGCGAGUAGGCGUCGGGAAAAUGACAAGGAAGAACGCUCCUCUUCUCUGUCGCUCUUUCUGCGAACGAUGGUAUCAUGCAUGUGAAAACGACUACUUCGCCCCCGCCCCUUCGGGAAGCCCUCAAGCUCUUACCUUCUGCUAUCCGGACUCGGUAAUUUGCUCCCCUCUGCGCGAUGUCGCUCGCGACGGAGCCACCUUCUGCUCCAAACUGGGCUUCGAGGUGGCCGGUCUCGACCGCGAAGAGAGCGCCGAACAGGAAGAAGAGGAGGACGCGGCUGCGUGCUACGACGGAGUCCCUGCGGCGGCGCUGUUCGGUCCGGCCCCGAAGCCGCCGCGGACGGACGGUUCGGGCGCGUACGGCUCUUACGGGCGCCAGACGUGGCGGCACUAUUUGUUGUGGCUGCAGUAUCGUCUGUCCCGCUGCAUCGAGGCACUGGUCCCGCGUCCCGAGUUCUGGCUGUUUGCUUUCCUCUGCUUGUACUUUGUCGGAAAGGUUUUCGGGGCGCUCCGGAGCAUCGUCGACCGCGCCGCCUUCCAGGGCGCAGGCCACCAGUUGGGCUCUGCUCCAGGCUACGCGUGGGCGUCUGAGGGCGCGACGAGUGCGGAGGCUUCUGAACAGCACGGCGGUCUCGGCGGAAAGCUGAGGAUGAGGGGAGUCUCUUCUGCAGAGGAGACAGUCUCCUCGCCGUGUUCGCCCUUGCACGACGAGAGACAGAACGAAGCCUCAAAGCGAGCUGCCGCGGCCGCUGAAGCCCGGUGGGCCCAACGAGGCGGACAGCCGAGCGCAUGCAGAGUGAGAAACGUUUUCCCGCCUUCGUCGCGGAUGGGAGGAAGCGACGACGAAGAAGAAGUCUUGAGUACAGAAGCAGUCAGAGAAAUCCUGGCGGGACGCUAGGCGAGUCCUGGUCCUCGGGUAUGCGUGUGGGAAGCCGACUGCCCCCAUAAAGGACCGUUUUGUUGACAAAUGCCUUCUCGCCGUGCGCUGCGAGGAGGACUCCGAAAGCGAUGGGAGACAGCAAAGCGGGUGGUGUCCCCAGAACGAAGCGGACCGUCGUGGCUGGGUGAACGAGUCACGCUUCACAACGGCAGUCCGCGCAGGCUCUCUCAAUUUCCAUGAACAGAGGAGCAUGGGGAAAAGGCGUCUGCGAUGGUUUUCGGAACUCAGAACGGCGAGCAAGUGACCGGGGGGAACUGAAAGGAUAGCGGCGCUCGCGGGAAGGUUUCAUCGUUCCAGUUUUUCGUUUGUGAUAGAGGGGGUGAUGGCGCUAAAGCAAAAGUGCGAGUGGAGAGAUGUAGCGUUCCUGGGGGAGAAGAGAGAACGAGACGGGAUCGAACUGGACGGGCGAGGUGGUUUCGAGGAAGCAGGAGAUGUCGAGCUCGAGUGUUGGCCGGCUCGUUGAAUGCCAGGUGGUGAGCAACUCGCCACGCACAUGUUUGUAAGAUCAGAAGGGAAGAAAAGACGAAAAGAAAGGCAGUGCUGCGGAGACAGAGUGCACGCUAGCACACACACAAAAGGCGAAUGGUGCCUGCGCGAAGUGUCUACCCCACGUGGCUGACAAAUCUCCUUAAAGUCGCCGGGGGGGAAGAUUUAUCCGUUGCGCCCGACCCUUUCGAUCUGCCUCGCUUUCUGGAUGCCGCUUUUCGGCUUGCUUCGUUGAUUUAAGAAAAACGGAUUUUCUACACUCACAGAAACGCUUCUGCUGGAAUCGUCAGUGGCCGCUGUGGAGCUGAGUUCACAGAUCGUGACAUCGUUUUGACUCCAACUCUCACAUUUCUUUUUCGUACAGAAGAAACGCGCUGCCUGUACCUCUCGACCCUACGCCAAUUGUUCUUCGACUCCCUUUCGAUGCAUAGUUACUUGUAUAGACAAGGAGAGAUUUUGGUGAACGCUCUUCAUGAGCUUCUUCACGUGAUGCUGUCUUGCUGAGGUUCUGCGCGAAUCUGGGGUGCGGGCUUGAACUGGAACAGAAGCCGAGGAUAUCACGGAAGAGUUGUACGUGUUUUCUGAGAUUCCCCAGUUUUCCGCUCUUUUCUUCCGAGAGAAUCGUCUGCCCGUAUCGCUGACAGUGACGUGGAGUGAGUCGGAAGUAUUUGCCGUUUGCCAGGGAACGGGGG